AGGGCCCAAGGACCAGGAUGCGGGCUCCUUGAAAACCAUGCAUGAAUCCUGCCUUCGAGGGCCCAGCCAGUCAGAAGAGGAAUCCCCCUUUGAGGGCAGCUCCCCAAUUCAUGACAUAUUUGGAGACUGGUGGAGGUCUCAGAUCAAGUGUCUCCACUGCCAGGGCACCUCAGAUACCUACGAUCCCUUCCUGUACGUCGCCCUGGAUAUCAACUCGUCUCAGAGUGUGAAGCAAGCCUUGCAGGAUAUCAAGAAGGCAGAAGAGCUGCGUGGGGAGAACGCUUACUUCUGUGGUAGGUGUAGACAGAAGAUGCCAGCUUCCAAGAGCCUGUAUGUUCAUAGUGCCCCAAAGGUACUCCUGCUAGUAUUAAAGUGCUUUUCGGGCUUCAUGGGUAAUAAGUUGGACAGAAAAGUAAGCUACCCGGAGUUCCUUGACCUGAAGCCAUACCUGUCCCAGACUACUGGAGGACCUUUGCCUUAUACCCUCUAUGAAGUCCUGGUCCAUGAUGGUGCGACUUGUCACAGUGGACAUUACUUCUGUUCUGUCAAAGCCGGCUAUGGGAAGUUGUACAAGAUGGAUGAUACUAAGGUCACCAGGCAUGAUGUGACUUCUGUCCUGAAUGAGAAUGCCUAUGUGCUCUUCUAUGUGCAGCAGGCCAACCUCAAACAGGUCAGUAUUGACAUGCGAGAGGGCAGAAUAAAUGAUGUUCUUGACCCCGAAUACCAGCUGAAGAAAUCCUGGAGAAAAAAGCAUAAGAAGAAAUGCCACUGCACAGAUGAUGCGGGAGAGCCCUGGGAAAUCAGGGAGAAGAGAGCAACCAAAGAAACCUCCUUAGGGGAGGGGAAAGUUCUUCAGGAACAGGGCCACCAGAAAGCUAGGCAGAAACAGGAGAAUACCAAACUCACGUCUCGGGAACAGAACCACCAGAAAGCUGGGAAGAACCUCAGGAAUACCGAAGGUGAACUUGAUCUGCCCGCUGAUGCAACUGUGAUUCACCAGCCCAGAUCCAUUGCAAACUGGGGCAGGGAUGCUCCAGACAAGGAGAAUCAACCCUGG